AUGAUGACUAUGAAACAGUCUCUUUAUUAUCAAUCUCUUUGUCUGAGCUCACUGUCUUUUUCUCUCUUGUUGCAUCCCUCGUUUACUUCCUCGGCUUCUUCAGCAUCUACUUUUUACACCCACUCUGAGAGGUGUGUGCAGGUACCUGUUGGGGUGGUAGGACCCUUGCUGCUCGAUGGGAAGGAGUAUUAUGUUCCAAUUGCUACUACUGAAGGGUGCCUGGUUGCGAGCACCAAUCGAGGAUGCAAGGCAGUGUACCUCUCUGGUGGGGCUUACAGUGUUGUUCUAAGGGAUGGGGUGACCCGAGCCCCUGUCGUCAGGUUCUGCUCUGCCAAAAGGGCUGCUGAGGUUAAGUUUUUCUUGGAGGAUCCUCGAAAUUUCGCUACCAUUUCCGCCAUUUUUACCAGAUCAAGCAGAAAUGCAAGGUUGCAAAGCAUAAAAAGCGCAAUUGCGGGGAAGAAUUUGUACAUGAGGUUUAGCUGCAGCACUGGAGAUGCAAUGGGUAUGGACAUUGUCUCUGAGGGUGUCCAACAUGUCCUUGUUCACCUUCAUGCUCAGUUCCCUGAAAUGGAUGUUAUCAGCAUAUCUGGGAAUUACUGCACAGACAAGAAAGCAGCAGCAAUGAACUGGGUGGAAGGCAGGGGAAAGUUAGUUGUAUGUGAGGCAACCAUAAAAGAAGAGGUGGUAAACAAGGUAUUAAAGACGAGUGUUGAAACCUUGGUUGAGCUUAACACCCUUAAAAACCUCGUUGGAUCUGCUUUAGCAGGCGCUCUUGGUGGAUAUAAUGCCCAUGCAAGCAAUAUUGUUACUGCAAUCUUUAUAGCAACUGGCCAGGAUCCUGCUCAAAAUGUGGAGAGCUCUAAUUGUAUUACAAUGCUGGAAGCUGUUAAUCAAGGCAAAGACCUCCAUAUUUCUGUAACUAUGCCUUCCAUUCAGGAAAUCAUCUCUAUUAUACGGGGAAGAAAUGGGGAAGACAUCGAGUUCAGAAUCACGCUACAUCCCUCUCUCUUAGGUUGUUGCCGCUGGAGUUAUGAUUAUUGGAAGAGUUCCCUGAUCCUGAUGUCAAGUCACAUUCGUUACAAUCUGAUUCACAUUCGAACCAAAGAAAAUGCUUCUCGAUCCUUCUCCUCUACUCUCAGCUUCAGAUUUAAAAAAAGAACAUGAACACAUUCAUGAGGUACACUGCUCCAGGGAAAGAAGUAGGGCGGCAUGGAAAAUUGUCGAAAAGGUAGUUGGAGUUGCAGAUGCUGCAACUAAGGUGCAUAUAUGGAUUUCGCUUUCUAUGCCAAUUGUCUUCGUGCCGAGGUGUGUAUGAAGGUUCAUAUUACUUAAGGAGAUCAUGAAGGAAAAGCAAUAAUUGUUUCAUCGGUAACAAUGGAGGAACCAGGUUCUGAUAAGGUUAAGUAUCAUAAUUAUACUUCUGGGUAUAUUCAUCAUUGUACCCUCAGAAAUUUGAAGGUAAGAUUUUGAAGGUGUUUUAUUGAUUCAGUACUUCUGUAUGUAUUAUAAAUUGGUGCAGUUUUUAGUGUCUGUUACCUGUAAAUAUAUACUUGCUGAGAGAGUCUUCGGUUACUAAUACUGUUACCUAAUUCGAUAAUCCCCUGCGAACUACUCCUAAACAUAUUAAUUGGUACAGUGGAAGUGUGGAACACUUUUGUUGUAGUUUUUAGUGUCUGCUGGUUGUAUGUCAAUAUAUGUUUGCUGAAAGUCUUGAAUCACUAACAGUAAUUCGCUAAUCCUGCGAAUUGUUAAGGCAAAUUGUUACAGUGUAACAUUUUUGGUGCAGUAUUUGGUGUCUAAUGCUACCUGUCUGUAAAUAUCUUUGCUGAAAUGCUUUUGAUUUCUUGAUGCUUCAACUUCCAGUUUUCUAUCUGAAGAAAAUAAAGAAGUAUUUGUUACUGGAGUUUCUAAUGCUACCAGUUUUCUACAUAAACCAAGGGAUAUUUUAGUAGUCUGAGGCUGUUUUUGCAUAGAAGAUUUUUGCGGGAAUUCAGGAGGUAAUCUGGAGCCAACACCCCUGCAGAGGAGUUCUGCAGAAAUAGGGCACGAGGAUCGGAUUCAUUUGUCAUUGUUGAACUGAUAUAGCUGAUGCUUUUUUGGAGCAUCGGCCUUAUUUGUUGUCUCUUGAAUAGUGUUAUAUAUAUGUAAAAUGGUGUAUAUAUAUGUUCAAUACUACUUAAAAUCCACAUAGAUUAUGUAUUAUAUGUGUAGUUUCUUUACUUUGAUAAUACAAUUUAGAUUCUUUUUGUCAUGUAAGGGCACGCUAA